AUGGGCUCCAUCGCAUCGGUGCUGCAAUGGCAUUGUCAGGCGUGUGGUCAGAUCAAUCCAACAGAGAGUGUGAAAUGUUUAAAAUGUGGUACAAAGAGAAUUUCGAGUCAUGACAGUGGAUCACAAAAACAUUACUUUACGGGAGAUUCUUCGUCAGAAUACGCUUCUCGCACGGAAAAAAGUGGUGGCACAACUCCUGGCUCGGAAGCAAUCGUCAUACCGACAACAAAUAACUUCAAUAGUGGGUGGUCGUGCGUGGGGUCUGCGCCGUUGGCUCGGCGCGCGUGGCGCUGCGGUUGCGGGCUGCGCAACGUUUCUGCAGCCUGGCGCUGCACUGCCUGCGAUGCAAUUGCCCCUCACGCGCCCGUCUACAGACUUUCUGAUGAUGAGGAGCAAACUUCAGGGAUGAUGGACAAGGAUAAAUUGGCUCAAGAUAACACUAUGAUAAGAUCCAACACCCUGGCAGUUCCCUCAUAUAAGCCGUCAUCGAGUUACGCCGAUGGUAGACGCCUUAACCUUGAUCUUCAAUCGCUACGUUUGUCACCAACUCAAUUAACAGAUCAAGCGCACGGUGUGACGAGGUCCCUAUCACAUGGAUCGGUGAUCAAUUCCCAGCAGAAGUGGUGGAAUGUGGAAGAGAGUAGGGGUACUAUAAACAGACCAACAAGUCUAAUGGUCUCUGAGAGAUAUGGUUUCAACCCUGCUCAGUAUAAUCCUCGAGAGUCUUUCCUACGGAGCCUUCACUCUGUAACUAGGAAACCGAAGAAGUGUAAUGAAAGUAAAUCGAAUUGGGAAUUGAAUUACGUUAAGGAAUAUCAGAGGGAGCAGAGUAGGGCGUUAUAUCUUAAAAAGUGGGCGUGUAUUAAAUGCACUCUCGAAAAUUCUGGGAUCAGAACACACUGUGAAGCUUGUUUAUCACCGAGGGUGUCGCCUUUGUCCAGAAUUUCGAACACACGAGGCUUGAGUGUUACUACUCUUGGUAGACAUGAGACGGCGAGCGGAAGGGAUGGUGCCACAUCGCUUCCAACAUCGGGCGGUGUAAUGAUAACAGUGCCCGACUGGCCCCAAACUGGGAGUUCCAGCUUAAGGGAACCAUUCCAAAGGUCGGUCUCCGCUCAAAACUCUCCAGAAAUCCGACCAACCUACAGGCGUUCUUUUUCAGAACAGACUGAAAAACGACCAGUUGGCAAAGUUAUUUCCAGCAGAAGGAGUUUAAGCGACUAUCACAAGUCCAUGGAAAAUUACAGCGUAACUGGUUCGAAAGGUGAACAAAAAGAGAAUGCGGUGGAGAAGAAGACAGAUGAAGGAGUCUUGGAGUUAAUUGACAAGGAAUGUAGUUGGGACACUAAUGCGGAAGGAGUAAUUUAUGCUUUACCUAACAAAGGGAAGUAUAAAGAUUUAAAUCUCCAACUCCAAGUCAAUAACAACGGAACAAAAUACUCUUAUGUUUCAGUCCAGGACGCAAAAAUUGUUAUGAGCAAUUCUCAAAACGAGGCGUUGUAUUCCAACGAUAUCAGCGAUGGAGAUUACGCUAGGAUCGAUGAAUUGUUGGGAGCUGAGAAUUGCAUAUCUCCAAUAACUGAGAAUAAUAUAAGGACUUCACAUAUUACUACAGCAAAAGAAACAAGUGCGAAGGUGUUCAAUAUGCUGCCAUCUAUUGGUAAAGUGUCGCACAAUCCGCGGGAGCAAUCUAAAGUGCCUUCUACACAGCAGCAACCUACUGCUCGCAUGUGGCAGUGUGGGGAGUGCUGGUAUGCGUACAAUGCGUGGGGCGCGCGCUGUGAAAUGUGCCGCAGCGCGAGGCUGCCGCAUGCGGUAACGCUCGCCACGGCUGCUGAUCGCGACCGAGACCGAGACCGGGAUCGAGACCGUGAAAGGGAACGGGAGCAGCGCGUCAGUCCAAGACCGGCCGUAUCAUCAGAAGCGAACAACACAAAACAGGACGCGAAUCGAAACGACCCACCAAAGAAGUUGCAGGUCCCAAUAGCCUCGUUGGACCACGACCUGAACAGCGAUGAGUUGUUAUUCGCAGUGGUGUCGGGUGCGGAGCCAAGCCCAGCGGUGGGCUCGUGGGCUUGCGCGCGCUGCACGCUGCUCAACGAGCCCGCCGCCAAUACUUGCGCCGCCUGUGCUGGCUCGCGCACCGCACAGCCUACGCCCACUGCCCACUGGUCGUGCAGUUCGUGUACUCUGCGCAACCCGAUGUCGGCCAGCCUAUGCUUGGCCUGCAAGACUCCACCUGUGCCUAAACAUGGCGUACCCAGCUCCUCUGCAGACCUCAACCAGGGAUCCAGUGGUCGUAGUCCAUCGCCAAGACGCAGCUCCCGCCAUACACCUGCUCUGCCACGUCGAGGUUCCAGGCACAAAACCCCUCCCCCUGAACCAAAGUGGGAGUCGGGCGAGUGGGCGUGCUCGGAGUGCACGUACGCGAACGGUGCGUGUGCGCUCGCGUGCGACAUGUGCCACGCGCCGCGCACGCGCCACCUGCCGCCCGCGCCGCACCAGUCCGCCGGCGACGACGACGACUCGCCGGAAGGUUCAGAUUCGGAGCGAGAAAGCACUCCAAUGGAAAUCCUUCGGUUGAGAGAGGAGAGUCAUGCUUGGACGCAGUGGCAAGAAGUGCUGGCGCAGUGUGCAGCUACCGGCGAGCCGUACGUGGACGAGUCGUUCCCGGCGGCGGCGCGCUCGCUGUACUACGACGGCGCGGGCCCCGUGGGUGGUGAGGGCGGGGCGGCGGCGCGCUGGCUGCGCCCGCAUCAGAUACACGUGGACGCGGACCCGCGCCUGCCCUGGCUGGUGUUCCGCGAGCCGCGCCCCUCCGACAUCUCGCAGGGUGCGUACUCCCCGCACUGCUCGUAUUGCCCGCCUGCACCAGAUACACGUGAACGCAGACCCGCGCCUGCCCUGGCUGGUGUCCGCGAGCCGCGCCCCUCCGACAUCUCGCAGGGUUCGUACUCCCCGCACUGCUCGUACUGUCCGCCUGCACCAGAUACACGUGGACGCGGACCCGCGCCUGCCCUGGCUGGUGUUCCGCGAGCCGCGCCCCUCCGACAUUUCGCAGUGUGCGUACUCCCCGCGCUGCUCGUACUGCCCGCCCGCACCAUAUACACGUGGACGCGGACCUGCGUCUGCCCUGGCUGGUGUUCCGCGAGCCGCGCCCCUCCGACAUCUCGCAGGGUGCGUACUGCCCGCACUGCUCGUACUGCCCGCCCGCCCCAGAUAUAUGUAGACGCGGAUCCGCGCCUACCCUGGCUAGUGUUCCGCGAGCCGCGCCCCUUCCACAUCUUGUAG